ACAUGGAGCAGGAUUGUAUCGCCGGUCUGCACCGAUCCCUCGGCACGUCUGUCGGCGCAGAGCUUUCCUCUGAAGAUGUGAGUCUCCUCUCCUUCAAAGUGUUUCAUGUUCCCUCCAACACCGAUGAAGCACAUGUGGCCAUGAAGAAGAUUGCAGGAGGGGACAAUAGUUGGUCCUGUGUUGGUGAAAAUGUGUUGGAUGUUCUCCUGGAAAUGGAAAGGGAGAGGGAAAAGAAGGAACAGCUCUACUGGGACCUCCAGCUGCUAAAUGUUGGGAAUCUCAACACUCUCUAUCUGAUGGACAAACCAGUUAUCAUUGAUCCUUAUGUGCUGAAUUGCUUCCACCAAAGCACAGACCCAAAAACAUUCAAAAAAGUGGAGGGUAAAAAAGAACUGCGUGAAAGUGCGAGAAGUGUGCAGAGGCUCAAGAAGGAAGCCAGGCAGUGCUGGGCAAGAUUGGCGUCAGAGAGUGUGCAAAGUAUAUUGCCCUCUCCCUGGCAGGGACGAAGCCUCGGGGUCCGGGGUCAGGCCUGGGGCUGUGUCUCCAUGUCAGACGUGCUCCUCUUGGUGGAAGUGAAGUAUGAUGUGGUGACCCACUUGCUUUAUACAGAAAUGCUCCAGGAGCACUACACUCCGAGUAUCUGGGAGACCCUGCUGCCAUGGCAACAACAUAAGGAAAAGGAGCAGCUGGGGGAUCUUGCAGAUGAGGCUUUGGAGUCAGAUGACAUGCUUUGUUUGGCUGAGCUGCCAGGAGCAUUCAGGAUAUACAGGGCCUUCCAGAGAACCCGUCAUGAGUCCAGGGAACAGUCGUGGUCUGCCCUUUCGCUCCUGUAUGAGUUACACACAUUUCGUCAACAAGAAAAGGACACACUAACAGACUUGGGCCAGAGGCUGGACAGAGAGAGCCUGAGACUGUUGUGUCUCUACAUCAGUUUGGCAACUCUCAGAGCUCAGAGAGAAAACAUGUCCUACAGUGCUCUUCUGGCAGCUCGGCAGUCCUGGGAGACAUGGCCACAUGUAAAGAGUCCCUGCAGAGCAGAGCAGGCGGCCAUGUGGCUACAUGGUGAAGAGGAAGAGCAAAAGAAAGACUUUAUCUCAGUCUCACCACAGCAGGCAGUACUGCAGUUGCUGGUGCUGACUCAGGAGCAAGAGAGAAAGCACCUGAUCAAGUUGGCACACAGGGUCUGUGAAGAGGAUUUGCAAGAACCAGGUUGCACAGUAGUCAUCAGCAAGCUGCUUUAA